AUGUCGGCGCCAGUCCGGCCCAGCAACGUGACCAACAAGCGCGACGCCAAAUCGGUGAAUUCGCGCGUGUUCAUCGGCAACCUGAACACGGCGCUGGCGACCAAGCGCGACGUGGAGGCUGUCUUCGGCGCGUACGGCCCCGUGCUGGGAUGCUCCGUGCACAAGGGCUAUGCCUUUGUGCAGUAUGGCCGGCGGGGCCACGCCCGCGCCGCCGUGGCUGGACACGACGGACGCAUGCUGGCCGGGCAAACGCUUGACUUGCUUUUUCACCGACAAGUUCGACAACUUCUUUCGGCGCUGCUGCGGAGUGCGGGGUUAUACUUUACAGAGACGCUCAAAGGUGCUGUAAUCCCACCCAUUGACGUGAGCAUGGCGGGCAACGGCGACAAAGGCACCAAUCAAUCCGCGGCUUCUGCGUGGGCUUCCCUCCAACACGUGGAUACCCGCCACCUCCGACAACACUUGUUCUGCACUUUAUUUGAUUUCCAAAGUCGGACGUGGCAACCCGGCGCCCAUCCGGCGUCCUUCGAGUGGCCGCAAAGGGCGUCCCCUAUUGUCCGGAGACCACCGCACGGCAUCAUCUGCGGCAAAGGCACAGGAAAAGGAGUUCAACUUGAGGUUGUCAGGUCUCAGCUGACUGAAAUCAAAGAAAACGUCGACACGCUGCUGGGACGUCUGGAGCGCAUCGUGAAGGCGCGCACAGGUGGAGCUAUAUGGAGGUAG